GCAGCCGUUUCGCUGUUUCUCGGUCCAUCAUUCGACCCUUUCAUCAUCCGGCAUUCAAUCUUCAACCUUUCUCCUCUUUCUCUUAUCUCCACCACCUGAGGUCUUCUCAAUCACACAACUCUUUCCUCUCUGGUUUCUCCUUCUUCUAUGAGGACUUGGACGAUCUGCUUUUCUGUUUUCCUCAGACAAUUCGAUCUGCUGUAGAUCAGUCCCAUAUUCCUUCACGCUUUACGAAACUUGCCGGCUCAGCAUUCUGCUACCCUGCAGCGUCGAUCCUUCUCGAUCUUCAUUCACACCUCCGUGCCUAAACAGCUGGCUGUACCCACCUGGCUGAAGCGGCCUAUCCGUCGACCUGACCCUACCGGACCUUGUUGGCCUUGAUCUUACAGAAGUACAUCCCUGUGUCGGCCGACGUCCAAUAACAACGCCAUAGAGCCCUCCGAACUCCUUCCUCGGCCGCUUUCCUCGACCUCUCGUUAAUUAUCCCUAAUCUCCAUGAUGCCCUCUUUGUCAGGCCUUCCAUGUUAGCCCGCCAAUGGAGUUGUCAGAAGCACAUUCUUCAAGGAAGGAAAAGAAGGGUUUGCGAAGGAUUUGGAAAAGAAUCAACAACAUUUUUCGAAAGAAACCUAUACCCCCCACAUCAACACCCACUGCGCCGACUACCACCACCUCACAAUCUGCGCCAAAAUCGAAGGCUGUACAAGUUCCCGAGGCUACGGUGCCCGCAGCUCAGCAGCCAUCCGUUACCGAAAACGAGCCGAUUGAAGUCGACUCUAUGCAGGAAGAUACUCCGUUACCGACCGAUGCAAAUGCACAACCAACCCAACAAACGCCGCGAGAACCUUCCAACGACCAAGAUAUGCAGUUUUGGAAAGCCAAGGCAAUAUUUGCCAGGUACAAUAUCGAAUUGACGGAGGCUGAUUGGGGUAUGAGGCCGAAAGGACCAUGUGAAAGAGUCUCGAAGCCCAUAAGACAAAGGGUCAGAUACACCUGUCAUAAUUGUUCUACCACCUUCGGCUAUGACAAAGUCUGCAAUGGGUGCCAACACCGUCGAUGCACACGAUGUUCUCGCUACCCGCCGAGGAAAGAUCGCUCGAGAACUACAAAAGCACCAGUAGCCCCUUCAGCGGCCGAGACAGCUGUGGAAGCUCAUGGGAACAGCGUUGAGGGAGCGUGUCACGAAUGUCAGACAGGUUUUGAAUUGGGUACGCAAGAAUGUCCGAACUGUCACCACCAGAUAUGUGACAGAUGUAUCCAAGAGACUACAAUUACCAUCGAUGAGCCUCAGCGCAGAGCAGAUGAACAGGCAGCUCCGGGAAAUCAAUCAACUACGGUCAGCUGACAUCGACGUUGCCAUGUCAAACUUCUUCCAAUUUCGACUUAUACCUUCCGAGCAUUUACAUGAUGCGAUGACGACUCCACCAUUUCACGACUUGAUCUUCAGAUCUGAGCGUUCUCGUUAUAAUACUCAUUUUCUGUGGCGUCCACGGAGUUCUCAUGGGUGAAUUUUGGGUGCAAAAGCGACAGGAUUCGAAUCUGUGAACUUCUAUCUCCAGUCUUCAGGACACACUAUUCAUACGUCAGGAGCGUCUUCGGGUUAUACAGUGCUUGGAUCGAGGACUGGGUCAGGGGCAAGGGGACGGAAAAGGCCAUCGAGAGAGAGCGCGCGCGAGAGAUACCCCUGCACAGAGAUGAGAAUGUUACAGCGAGGGUCAGAGGUGCGGAAUAGAUACCAUCACACAGACGACUUACUACAGCAACACCUUUCCGAGAGUGUCGCUGAUAUCAAUAGCAGCAAGCUUACCAACGGGGAGCUACGAGAUCAAUGAAUAUAUACAUGCUUCUCUCCUUA